AUGGCGCCGGCGCCCCUCAACGACCUCACCCACCUGCUCGCCGAGGUAGCUUCCCGCCUCUCCCGCCCCACCGGCGGCGAACCAAUCUCCGCCUCCGUCUCCGUCUCCUCCCUCGCGGCGGCCCUCAACACCAGCGCCCCCGCCCCCGGAACCAGGGUCCUCGACGCCGCGCUCUCCCUCAUGUGCUUCGACCCACAAGAGGUGGAUAGGGCUCGCCUGGACUGCCUGGUCCGCACCAUCGUCUCCGCGCUCUCCGACUCGGCCUCGUGCCGAGUGGUCCGGACCGGCGAGCGGAGCGGCGGCGAGAUGCUCUGCUUCGGGACCUCCGUCUCUCCCGGGGACUGCCGCGAGCUGGUCCGCUCCUGUGCUGCCCUCGUCGAUAAAUUGGGGGAUCGUGAUGUUGCGGGUCACUCUUUUGAUCUUCUGCACGCCAUUGUGAAAACGCCGCUGCUAUCUCCAUGUUACCAGUCUCUCUUUCCUUCGCCAUAUUACAGAGAGGAUGGAGAAACCAGUUAUGAAAUGGGUACCAUCGGUAUCGAUUUAGCAAUGCAUCCAUCUUAUCAAGUGCUUCCCGGUGAUGGCUCGAUCCCGCCGAGGGCCCUUCUGUGGCAUCUUGAUCCAUCCAUUCUAAGACAUGAUCUUUCAGAGAUGCUACGGGAAACAAUUGCAAGGCCCUUGCUUUAUCUUAGAAAAGAGUUACAUGAUCGGGUAUCAUGGCGUGUGAUUGUAAUAUGUUUGGUUUGCUCCCCGCCUGCAUUCUUGGAGAUGCGAUCAUUAUUCCAUAUCUGGUUUCUGGAGACUUGA